AUGCAAUCGGCUGGCACCGAGAUCCUUGAUAGCCGUUCGUUAAAUGAUCCAUUUCAUCGGUUCAAAGAUACUAAUCAAGCCCUAGUGGUCCUUCAGACUAAGCCUACUGCACUCCUACUUUCACCGCGAGUCUACUAUCUCUGUUCACAAGACACAGACGAGUGUGGGCAAAGAAACAGUAGUCAAUCUUACCUUCCUUAUCAGCUUGAUGUUCGUCCAUCCCAAGAAUUUAGCUACCUCAAUGCGAAGAACAAGCUAGUGGCAUUGGAGAUAUCUUCGGAGCACGAGCAACGCAUCAGGUUCCUCGUACCCCACAAUGGACUAAUUGAUACUGAGCAGAUGGACACUGAGAGUCUGGAUUUUACCUUACAGGAUGGCAGGUUCUUACACAUUCCCAGUUCGAUCGACAUGGAGAAUCAAGUGACGAUUGGCUGUGCAGGUGCCGUUCUCACUCACCUUCAAAGGCGAAGGGCAACGGGUAUGCCUGCUUCCAGUGAUGAGACUUCAUCAUACUUCCAGGUGCGCUCUGUCGAAAUGCUCAGCUUACAAGGAACCAUGUUUCUGAGUGGAAGGACAUUGUUAGCACUUCAAAUAAUGGAGUCGGAGUCCCAUCCAAGUAUGGUCAAUCAGGGACCAGGAAAAAAGUCAUCCUCCUCGAAGGAGGGUCUUUCGGUAUACGGUUUAUUCCAACGCUUUGCCUAUAGCCCGCAGGGACGACACCGACUUAAGCAGAUUUUCCUCCGCCCAAGUAUUGACAUAAAUGUCAUACGCGAACGCCAUGCUUUUAUUGGCGUAUAUUUACGGCCAGAUAAUUACAAUCCGCUAAACAAACUUACGAAGAGUCUCAAACAUAUUAAAAACCUCCGUCCCGUGAUGAUCAACCUUCGAAAAGGAAUAAGUACCGGAAGUGGGAAACUAACGGGCUUCAAGAGUACAGUAUGGGCCACAUUGCUAGCUUUUGCUUUCUACGGUAUUGAUAUUCAUGAUGCCCUCAAGGAAACUGCCUCCGGGAACGAACUGCCGUUGCUUCAGAAAGCUCUUUGGGUUUUGGAAGAGGCUCAGCUAUACAGAGUUGGACGGAUGAUCCAAGAGAUAGUCGAUAUUGAUAGCACUGAGGAGCAAGGUAGGACGGUGGUAAAGCCGGGGCUAGACAGGGAACUUGACAAGAUGAAAGACAGCUAUGAUGGUUUAAGCAGUUUGUUGAAGCAAGUUGCAAUAGAUAUUGCGAGUACCAUCCCGGAAAGCCUUGACAUUGAUGUGAAUGUGAUAUACUUCCCCCAGCUUGGCUUCAAUAUCGCAAUCCCGCUGAACGAUAGGGGCGAGGCAACCUUCACUGGCUCCGAUGAUGACUGGGAACUCAUUUUUGUCACAGAGAACCGGGCAUACUUUAAAGACUUUAGGAUGAGGGAGAUGGACGAGAAAUUGGGCGAUAUUUAUGGGCUAAUAUGUGAAAAAGAGAUUGAGAUUGUCUAUGAGCUAGCACAAAAAGUGCUUCAAUAUGAGAAAGUGCUUCUUGAGGCGUCAGAUAUAUGUGGUCACAUUGACAGCCUUCUUGCCAUGUCACAGGCAGCAAGUUUCUAUAGCUUGACCCGCCCCAAAUUGGUGCGCGAGAAUGUAAUCAGCAUCAAAGGAGGCCGUCAUAUUCUCCAAGAAUUGACUGUCUCAUCAUAUGUGCCGAACGAUACCCUGUUAGUUGGAGGGAAGCUGGGUGCAUGGGCUCCAUGUUCUUCAUCAAAAUCCCAAACAGCUCUCGAAACAUGGGGGAAUCCAAACAUGUUGCUAUUAACAGGCCCGAAUUACUCCGGAAAGAGCAUUUAUAUGAAGCAGGUUGCUUUAAUCAUUUAUUUGGCACAAGUGGGAAGUAGCUUCGUUCCAGCCGAAAGUGUCGAAAUGGGGAUAACAGAUAAGAUACUCGUCAAAUCUAAUAGCCAAGAUAGUGUCUCCCAGAUCCAGAGCACAUUUAUGAACGAUCUGCAACAAGUAUCGUUUGACUUAAAGCAGAUGACCGAACGCAGCCUGUUGAUAAUAGAUGAGUUUGGCAAGGGUACCAGCGAGAGCGAUGGUAUCGGGUUAAUCUGCGGGAUUCUUAACCACUUACUUAUAGCCGAGAAUGCGCCGAAGGUUAUUGCUGCAACACAUUUCCAUGAGAUACUCGAGAAUGAGUUUCUCAAGCCAGGACCCCGGCUGCUGCUCGGUCAUAUGGAGGUUCAGGUUUGCGAAGAAUCCUGCAAAGCGGAAGAUCAAAUCACAUAUCUAUAUAACUUCCGCCUAGGCCGGAGCGAUAAGAGCUAUGGACCAAUUUGUGCGGCACUGAACGGAAUCAACGAGACGAUCGUAGAACGGGCAAAUGAGCUGGCAUCUCUCGCUGUUCGUGGAGAAAACCUGACAGCCGCUUGUGCCAUGUUGUCAGCGGAGGAAAUGCACGCUUUGGAAGAAGCGGACAUGCUUGCGAGAAGAUUUCUAGGUUUAGACCUGUCAACGGAAGGGAGCGACGAAGCUGUGAGUGAUAUGCUAAACAUGCUUGUCGGAGAAACCAAAAAUUGGGGGGUAUAA